AAACAUCCCUUCCCCUUCCACGACUCUCUCAUUGGUGGCUCUCCAUGCGCGUUCAAUUACUCGCUCACACUGCAUCAGAAUUAACUGGAGAAUAUAGCGUUUACCAAGGAAGCCGAACUGACAGUUCCCGUGUUUACAUAUUUAUUUAUUAACUUAUUUCUAUUUAACUGUUUUGUAUCCAUCGUGAUCAUCCAGAUCAUUUUUUUUUAAGUGGUUGUAAUUGAUUUGAAAUGGAAGAAAGAUGUCGUCCAAUGUUGCUGUGCAGUGUUCUUGCUCUGUUCUGUGCGCUGGUGUCCUCAGCUGUGGACAGACAGUAUCUGAACGAAUGGGCGGUGGAGAUUCCAGGAGGACACGACAAUGCCCGAUCCAUCGCCGACGAGCUCGGAUACAAAUUAGUCCGACAGAUUGGGGCACUGGAAAACCAUUAUUUAUUCAAGCGGCACAGUCACCCUAGCAGGACCAAAAGAAGUGCGGAUCAUAUCACCAAACGACUGUCGGAAGAUGACAGGGUCUCUUGGGCUGAACAGCAGUAUGAGAAACGGAGGGCCAAACGUGCCCCGCUGGGGACCGAAUGUAAGGACUGCUCUGUGGACAAACUCUUCGACGACCCUAUGUGGAACCAACAGUGGUAUCUGCAAGACACCCGGAUGUCAUCAUCCCUGCCCAAACUGGACCUGCACGUGAUCCCAGUCUGGAAGAAGGGCAUUACGGGCAAAGGAGUGGUCAUUACCGUGCUGGAUGAUGGCCUCGAGUGGAACCACACCGACAUUUACCCUAACUAUGAUCCUGCCGCUAGCUAUGAUUUUAAUGACAACGAUCCAGAUCCCUUUCCCAGAUAUGACUCCACCAAUGAAAACAAGCAUGGUACCAGAUGUGCUGGAGAGAUUGCCAUGCAAGCAGACAACAACAAAUGUGGUGUCGGAGUGGCCUACAACUCCAAAGUGGGAGGGAUACGAAUGCUGGAUGGAAUUGUGACAGAUGCCAUUGAAGCCAGUUCCAUUGGCUUUAACCCUGAUCAUGUGGACAUCUACAGUGCUAGCUGGGGCCCUAAUGAUGAUGGGAAGACCGUGGAGGGGCCUGGGCGCCUGGCCCAGAAAGCUUUUGAGUAUGGUAUCCAGAAGGGCCGUGGUGGGAAGGGAUCCAUUUUCGUCUGGGCGUCUGGCAACGGUGGUCGUCAGGGCGACAACUGUGAUUGUGAUGGAUACACAGACAGUCUGUACACCAUCUCCAUCAGCAGUGCAUCCCAGCAGGGUUUGUCUCCCUGGUACGCUGAGAAAUGCUCCUCUACGCUGGCCACGGCCUACAGCAGCGGAGACUACACCGACCAGAGAAUUACUAGUGCUGAUUUGCACAAUGAAUGCACAGAGACACACACUGGCACGUCUGCAUCUGCUCCAUUGGCUGCUGGGAUAUUUGCACUGGCUUUAGAGCAAAAUCCUGAUCUGACCUGGCGAGACCUUCAGCACUUAGUGGUUUGGACGUCUGAGUUUGACCCCCUGGCCAAUAACCCAGGCUGGAAAAGGAAUGGAGCUGGUUUGAUGGUCAACAGUCGUUUUGGGUUUGGUCUCCUGAAUGCCAAAGCUCUAGUAGAUCUGGCCGAUCCCAAAGUCUGGAAGCACGUUCCCGAGAAGAAACAGUGCAUCGUCAGAGAUGAGACGUUCCAACCAAGACCAUUGAAGGCUGCAGGUGAGAUAUCCAUUGAGAUCCCCACUAAGGCCUGUGCAGGACAAGCAAAUUCUGUUGUAUCUUUGGAGCAUGUGCAGGUGGAGGUCAGCAUUGAGUACACACGCAGAGGAGACCUGCACAUCACGCUGACGUCUCCAUCAGGUACCACCACAGUCCUGCUGGCGGAGAGAGAGAGGGACACAUCAUCCAAUGGUUUCCGAAACUGGGCGUUUAUGUCUGUGCACACCUGGGGAGAAAACCCCACCGGCACUUGGACCCUGAAGAUUACAGAUACGUCUGGACGGAUGGAGAAUGAGGGUCAGAUUAUCAGUUGGAAGUUGAUUUUGCAUGGGACGUCUGAGAAGCCAGAGCACAUGAAGGAGGCAAGGGUUUACAUGCCCUACAAUGCUGUGCAGAACGAUCGCAGAGGAGUGGAACCGAUGGAAGACAUGAUCAAGCAGGAAGCUCCGACUCCAGCUCACGAACCUGAAAUAUCAAGCGCAGUGGUCCCAGACUCACUCCCGUCUGCUGCUUCCAUCAGCGUCCCUGAAAAAAAUCCAGGAGCUCCAGGCUCCUCCACUGCCAAUCUGGCCCUGCUGCGUCUCCUCCAGUCGGCCUUCAACAGGCAAACCCCGGCGUUUCCUCAGCACGCUCUGGCGAUUCCUCCUGCUCCUCCCAAGACCUUUCAGCCCGAGAGGAUCCCCCCGCAGAAGCUGUACCAGGCCCUCGACCAGCUAAACCGCAACAGGGGCUCCGACGAUGGCCUGUUCAGUGACUACAGCGACAACUUCUACAGAGCCCAACCGUACAGACACAGAGACGACCGGCUGCUGCAGGCACUGUUUGAAAUGCUCGGAGACGACCAGCAGUGAGUCGGGAACAGGGAAAGGCAGGAAGAGUAGGUAAAAGAAGCUGGAUGCCCUGCUGAAAAGACCAGCUUAGGUCCACCAGCAAAACGUAGUUUUUUGAAGCUUUUGGUAGUGAAACAGCAUGUUAAACUGGUCUUGGUGAGUAAGUUACGCAUCACAACAUCUAAAACUAGCUGCUACGCUAGUCUUUUCAGCAGGGCAAAGGGAGAUGAAUGGAAGCUGGUACACUUGAGGGUACUAGAGUUGACUGAUGAAAUAAAAUGCGUUUUGUUCUCUUCCAGACAAGCUUGUUUUUAUCUGCACAUGUAGUUAUCAACUAUAAGCGUUCUACGGCCUGUGUCUGUCAGUGUGAAUGUUUGUAUAUCUGUGGUGAACAGCCAGCUGUAUUUAACCCUCAGUUUUGAACCAGGUUGCUAAGAUUUAAAACCAGUGACGGGACCAACUAUGGCAUCUCGUGCCCUUUGUCCUCUUGAUGAUUUUUCUCAUGUUGCCUUCACUGCCACUAACUUCUGCAUGCUAUAAAAUGUUGAGAAUAUUCUACAAUGACUGUAAAUUGUAACGAUUUGUGAAAGUGUCAGUCUGCGCAGAAUCAGUUAAAAGGGAAACUUCAACAGAAAACGAAAAAACGAAACAUUAACUCACCUGUUUACUUUUUUUUUCCUGCUGAACACAGAAGACGUUAUUUGGAAGAAUGUUGCUAACCAAAAAGUUUUGGGUCCCAUUGACUUCCUUUGGCAUUUUUUUUUUACCAUACUUUGGACGUCAGUGGAGCCGAAACCAUUAUUCUUUAAAAUAUCUUCUUUCGUGGUCCAAAAAAGAGGAAAGAAAAUCAUGCAGGUUUGGAAUGAAAUGAAAGUGAGUAAAUUAAUGUAAUUUUAUUUAUUUAUUUUUUUUCACAUUGAUUUUAUUCAAAUCAAUAUUUGAUAUAAUUGACCUUCUCUGUGCACUUCUUUUGUGCAUGAUUCGUGAGUGCACGCUAUUCCAAAUUUUAAAAAAAGUUUGUCUUGAUAUUUUAACAAAAUAUAACUUUCUCUCCGCCUCUAAAACGACUUGCCUUUUCGACUGAUGUCUCAUAUUUCUCUUAAUUUUCAGUGGUUUGUAACACCCACUUUUCACAAUGCAAAUCAUUAUAAAUUAUAAAUAAAUCAAAGUGUUAUUCUAGAGCAGGGUUUCCUAACCAGGGUUUGUGGACCCCUAAGGGGUAAUGAUGGAACUACAGGAUGUACCAAUGACAAAUGAAAGGUACUUUAUCUUCUUUAAAAUAUUUACCCUGUAGAGAAAGUUGUAUGUACUUUUAAUGUACACUCACUGUUUUAUUCUAAAUUAGCCAAGUUAAUAUUGAUUAUUUUUGUAGGUGAACAGUGUUCUGUAAGCAGAAACUGCUGCUUCAUCUCUUUUAUGAGACAUUUUCAUUAUUUGAAUCAAAGAUAUUUUCAUUACUUGAAAUAAAAAUAAAUACAGUAUUAUAAUUUUUUCUU